AUGUCUAUCGACGAUCUGGCAAACCAUGGCCUGGACUAUCCAUUCAUUGACCACAUAUUCAAGGACCGCCUAGAUCAAUUCAACAAUCUGAUCGCUGUGAUGCUGCAGAAUCUAAGAAACCUUGAAAGCAACAAAAGGAUGUCAGAUUUUGAACCAAUAACUUACGAUGAGUUUUAUGAUAUGGUACAAGAUCUAUUUAAUGAUGAAUUGAAAGCUGAAUUUGUAAAGGCAUGUUUUCGGAAGAUUAACAUUGGCAUGCAAACACCCAUAGACUGGUGUGAACUUUUUGGAUAUUUUCCAUCAGAUGAAAAGAGUAUCAUGGACAUAAUGCCAAUAUUUGUGAUUUCCAAGCGACAGCUUGUUGAACUGAGAGAAGAGGAAAAAAGGAGACAUGAUCAUAUUCACUGUGUGGUUAAUGUGCCCCAUCUUGAUCAAGUGUUAGUAGCUACAUUAAAGGGGAUAAUUCUACUUUAUAACAGCCAGGAUAUUUCCCAACUGACUGGCUGUGAUUACCUUAGCCAGUUAAAACGAGUUGUAGCUGUUACUGAAACGAGUAUUGUUAUCUGGGAUCAUAAACCAAAGACUAAAAACCAGACUAAUUUUUUGACCCUUAAACCUAUGAAAAACAUUAUGCUCUGUAUCUGUACGGUAAACCUGCCUGAGUAUACAGAUGAAGAUUGCAUGCUGAUUGGUGAUGAUGCUGGGUUUUUGAAUCGAAUAAUUGUGGGAAGUGAUGACCUCAACUUCCAGAAAUCCAUGGAAAGUGAUGCUUUGCAAUCCCAGGCCUUGGAUCCACGUCUCCUUCGUCGCCCCAUUCUGCGUCGGAAACUGCACAAUGGCUGGGUGUUGAAAGUGAAGUACUUUGCACAUUUGAACUGUUUUGCAUGCUGUUCUCCAGACAGCGUACACUCACUGGUCCUGGAUGACAUACGCAAGCUUGGAGAUUGUCAGCCAAUUAGAACAGUUUCAAUCCCAAGGGGUGUUAAUGCAUUUGAUUACUGUGUGAAAGCAAAUACCGUUGUUACAGGAGGAGAAGAUAAAAUUCUCCGCCUUUGGAAUCCUAGUAUGUUCUCCAAACCAAAGGCAUUGAUGCAUGGCCACAACUGCAUCAUUACUGAUGUAGUAAUCAAUGAAGCAGAUCAACAUAUCAUUAGCCUGUCAACAGAAGGGAUGUUCAGGGUCUGGGAUGUUCAGACACUUGCUGUGCUGCAGGUCUUCACAACUGGAGAACGUAAAGGAGAUCGGCAUAUCAACAUAAUGAUCUUUGAUGCUAAAAAUAAGAGAUUAAUUACUGGUUCCAACAAAAUAGAACUUGUACCUCUCAUGUCUGCUGUACAGGACAGUAUGCUGGUUCCCCAAUCUCAUGAAAAAUCUAUCAAUGUUCUGGCCUAUAGCAAAAUGAAUAGCAAGUUGGCCUCCAUUUGCAGUAAAUCUGUACUUAUGGUAUGGGAAAUGCAAACAGGAAAGAAAAUGUAUCAAAUUGAGCAUCCUCAUGGACAUGGUGUAGAAGUGACAGCUGGAGCAGUAGAUCAGCAGGGAACACAACUUAUCACUGGAGCAGCUGAUGGCCUUGGAGAGCUUUAUGAUUCUCUCAAAACUCGAGAGGAAAUGUGUUAUGAUGCUUUCCCUGCAGUGGAUGGACUGAUUGACACAGCAUUGAGUGGCAUUGAUGUAAUAAGCGUCAAUGAUGAAAAUUUGUUAGCUGUUGGAUGGCUUAAUUUAAUCAUGAUAUGGAAUUUAGAAAUGGCAUCCCUCUUGCAAGUGUUUAACGAAGAACAAAUUUCAGAAACACAAGCUGAAGUUAAAGAGCAGGAAUUUAUGCAGGAUGUCACGUCAUCCAAGGUUCAAAUUGUCAAAUUUAUACCCCUCAAAAUAAAAGUUAAUGACACAGAAAUUACUGGGGCAAGUUCUACCUUUCAGUCACAAUCUUCAAGUACUCUUUUGAACAAAGUGUCAAAAUCCAGCUUAAUGUUUAAGUUCACUGACAGCUAUGCACCUUCUGAAUAUAGUCAAUCAGAGUUAGAUGUGACACCAGCCUUAAUUUCAACUGAGGAUUUUAACGAACGAAUAUUCUCAGUAUUACAACCUGAUCCUGUUCUGUUAUCUGCGCAUCAAGAUGGUUCCAUUCAAUUCUGGAGCAUGGAGGGCAAUCAAUUUUUGAAAAUCAUGCCUACAAUACAGUUUUCUAGUCCUAUCACUGCAGUCUGUGUAGAUGAUGCUGCAGCUCUACUUUUGGCUGGCAAUCAGCGAGGAUACGUAAUAAUUUGGGAUAUUGCAGCCUUUCUAGAUGAUCCAUCCUCAUCAAAUAAGGAUUCUGUCAAUCGCCUAGUUAGCUGGAGAGCCCAUAAUUUUCAAAUAGUGAGUCUGUUCCACGUGCAUCAAGAAUCUGUUGCUGUUACUGCAUCCAUAGAUUGUUCUAUCAGGGUUUGGUACGCACCAAAUGGGCAUUACAUUGGAUAUUUUGGACAACACAGCCCUUUCGUAUUAAUGAACCCCAGUAAGUUUGUUUUACCAUGUGACAUAAUUGAAGCACCAGUGGAAAGCCAGUCAAACAAACCAGACAAAAGUGACCAGUUGGACUAUCCUUUGAAGUUGGAUUGGGAAAGAUGGAAGCCAUUUGAUCGGGAUGAAUAUAACUUAAAAUUGACGCAAGAGCGGAAAGUUCUUGACAUGGAUCAUGACAAGAAGCUUUUUAAAUCAGUAACUAUACCGAGGCUGAAAUCAAAACCAAUAGAAAAUUCCAUAUCGGGCACUAGAGCAAUGGGUGCUGUAUUUCGAGCUCUUCCUGUGUAUACUAUUAAUCCUUUAUUCCGGAUGAAUCCAUUUGAAGGCAUUUCGAUCAGUUCAGAAGAAGGUGGUGGUCAUGACUCACUCUAUAACUUCUUUGCAGGAGAAAGGAAAGUAUUUGCAAAUGUUAAGAAGGAAUCUAAGGUUGCCACCCUCAAUCCGAUUAAGACUUGUCACGUUUUCAAUGCUACUCCUACUCCACCAACCUACGUUAUGCUUUGAAAAUGGAAGAUGUUGCAAAUACUGU